CAAGAAGCCUUUCGCAACAGAUGCAUUAUUCCCCCAACUGGUCAUGUUGUUGUUGCGGUGAAAGGUCACGUAGUACGUCGCUUUCUGCUUCAAGCUCGUGAAACAAAUCUUCGAUGGCCUCACAUUAACAUUCACACCCUGGGGCUCGACUAUGCUCACGGAGUAACAAGAGACGGGAUCGCCCACGUUGGUGAGGGUUCGGGAGAAAUUCUUGGGCGAGUCGAGCAAAACCGAGAAUGUGGGGUAGUUCAGUUGCCCCUGAGGGAUUCUCAACGAGCAAUUGACCGGCUCCUGCGUGAUCAUCUUGACCUGGUCCUCUGUGUAUCCCAAGCCACACAAAAAAGGGACGUAUUCCUCAAUUUCAAUGUCGUAUACCAGACCGGGAUCCAUUGCUCUAUUCGGGUUGACGUGGCCGGCCCCCACAGCGUAGAUAUCGGCUGGAGUAAGUUUCUCGUCGAGAAUCGGUAUGUCGUGCGCAUUGACGAGGUCUGCGGUGGUCAUGAUAGCAGAUUUCACGGCUGCUGCCGACCAUUUGGGGUGUGCGCUCUUGAUCAGAGCUGCAACCCCACUAAGGAGCUUGCCUGCUGGGCCCCCUGGAUGAGAAAUAAGAGACGGUGGGAGAAAUUAGGUCACCAAGCUCCGUACCCUCGAACGAGAUUGUUGCCAUUGGGGAGGACACUUUAUGUAGGCCUUGAUUUCAAGGCCCGCCCUAAAGGAUACCGUCGUGGAUGGGAAGUUGAUGAGAUAAGAAUUGUGGCUAAACCCGGCAGUUUCGUCAUUGGCCAGUAUCAUGGCGGCACCACCAGCAUCCUUAACUUCCUUGGCUUGAUCCUUCGGGCUGAUACGAGCGGCCAUAAGUUUUCAGAAGAGAAGUUUCUGGGCUGCAACACAGACUCCCCAUCGAAUGCCAAUCCAUUUCCCAGCUUUGCCGUGGCCCGAAUUCUUCGGUCAAUGGUGCUUAGCCCGACGGUGAGAAGCCAGGGUGCGUCGUUGAUCACUGUCGAGGCGGAAGGACCGUCGUUCCCCCCCGCCACGCUUACGAGGAUUCCCUUCUUGGCCGCUGCAAAACCGCCUAUCGCUAUAACAUUUUCG